AUGAAGGAGAUCUCACCCUCGUCGCUCAUACUGAACGUGGCCCACAGAAGAUCCUGUAAAUCUACACAGAUACGUAUGCACACUUUGGCCAACCAACUGUCAGACCCACCUGUGAGAGACUUAAUUGUGAGAGACCCAUCUGUGACAGACCCACCUGUGAGAAACCCACCUGUGAGACACCCACCAGUGAGUGACCCACCUGUGAGAGACCCACCUGAGAGUGACUCACCAGUGAGUGACCCACCUGUGAGUGACCCACCUGUGAGAGACCCACCUGAGAGUGACUCACCAGUGAGUGACCCACCUGUGAGAGACCCACCUGUGAGAGACCCAUCU